GAUUGCGCAUCGCUGACAUGUUUGACCUAUGGUUUGACACGUUGGCAAAAGGAAUUAACAGCAAAUAUUUAUUGUAUUAUCUCUAAAGUGUGUAAUAUACACUUGAAAGAACGAAACAUAUGAUUUGAGAUGACAGGAAACUCGCCAGAUCAUCGCCACUUUUGUAUAAGGGGAUACAGAAUCCAAGUUGUGCUUUUUCUUUUUUAUUUCUGGAAUACCGCAGCUGUUUCCGGCGAAGAUGAAAAAUAUGUUCGUCCACCAUGGUACAUAGGGUUAUUCUGGAAUUUACUGGGCUACGCGACUGUUAUCAUUCCUGGGGCCGUUAUUAUUCAUUUGGUAAAAAAAUCUAAUUUAAAUGACAGUCCAGGUCGAGGCUUUCCGUUCAAACUUCUUCAAGCCUUUGUGUAUGGCCAGCCGGAAGAAAAACGUAGCAUUGAAGAGGGUCCAAUCAGAACAGCACCUGAAUCAAAGGAACCGCCCAAACUGGGAGUAACUACAGCAAAGUUGAUCUUCUGCGCGAUUGGUCUACAGGGGUCAUAUCUCACCUGGGGGGUUCUGCAGGAACAGAUUAUGACAGAGACUUAUGAUGAGCUUUCAGAGGAUGGCAUUCUACACAAAGUGAAAUUUGAGGACUCCCAAUACCUUGUAUUUUCUAACAGAGUCCUGGCUUUGAUUGUAGCUGGGGUGUAUAUAUCCAUUGCUGAACAGCCAUACCAUACGGCACCAUUUUUUAAAUACUCUUAUUCUUCCUUUUCAAACAUAAUGAGCAGUUGGUGCCAAUAUGAAGCAUUGAAGUUUGUUAGCUUUCCAACGCAAGUUCUUUGCAAAGCUUCAAAAAUGAUCCCAGUAAUGAUCAUGGGUAAAGUGGUAUCUGGAAAAAGUUAUCCAUAUUCUGAAUAUCUUGUUGCUAUUCUACUUUCAUUUGGCACAAGCUUGUUCCUUUUGUCGCACAAUGCUGACCAUGCUCAUCAUGAUCAACCAACAACAGUUGUAGGACUUUUCAUCCUUCUAGGGUACAUGAUUUUUGAUAGCUUUACAUCAAACUGGCAAUCUGCAUUGUUUAAAAAACACAAGAUGUCUUCAAUGCAGAUGAUGUUCGGCACCAAUGUCUUUUCAAGUGUGUUCACUUUUUGUUCUCUUCUACAAACUGGUGGUCUUGUUCGUUCCUUGUCAUUCACAUCAAGGCAUCCCCGUUUCCUGUAUCAAGUAUUUAUCCUGUCAAUGACAUCUGCAUUUGGUCAGCUGUUUAUAUUCUACACAAUCCAAACUUUUGGUCCAAUUGUGUUUGUAAUAAUCAUGACAGCUCGAAUGAUAUUCAGUAUUGUGCUUUCCUGUAUUAUUUACAAGCAUACCCUGGCAUCACAGGCUAUUUUUGGCGUUUUUGUUGUUUUUGGAGCUAUAUCAUAUCGAAUCUAUGUACGAUACAAAGCGUCAAAGGGUACAGACAAAGUGUCAAUAACACAAAACAAAUAAGGAAAAUUUGACUUCAGAACCUUUUUGAACACAUUUUAUUUAAUGUUUAGUGAGAAGUAGUUAAUAAAAUCAUGUUUUGUUUACACCUUACUGGCAAAAUAAAAAGUGAUUUGGAACAUCCAACCCUUGGUAUUUUGCCUGCAAGCAAAAUAUAAACAAAUGGUUUAUUUUGGUUGGAAAAGUUUAUUCUGUAUUUUGCUUAAUAAAACUAAAGCAGUGUUGAUUAGCAUUAGACCAUUGUAACAAACGUAUGAGUUACUAAUUUGUAAUGUUUUGAUUGUAUCAAAAAAAUAUCAUCUAAUAAUUAUACCAGUGAACUCUUGUCACAAUUUACAUAAAGUAAUGUAAUAUUCUCUUGAAUACCGCAUCCACCCGAAGGGGCGCAGACAAUAUGGCGGACGAAAAUGAUCAACUUUGCAACUAUUGGAAGCUUUCUUCCAAAAAAUUACAUCAAUUACUACAUCGUUUUGUCCAUAUAACGCUUUUCGAAGGGGAGGAAUUGUAUGGUUGGAUUUACACGAUCGAUCCUGUGUCUUAUACAAUCGCUCUUGCCAAAGACAUGGACGUAAGUGAGCAAGAAAAACUAGACUUUCUUGACUCUAGGAUGAUUGUAUUUGUGAUGAGAAAGGCAGUAAGAGAGCUUCGUA